UUUGUACAUUACAUAAUAAUUUGACUAUGUCACAAAAAAAAAAAUUGACUAACAUAUCUUCUAUCCUUUACAAGUCAAACAGGACAAUGAGACAAUCCAAACCCAAGUUUACUUGAAGUCUUGAACACGUGGUGGUGGUUCAUGGUUGAGAGUUAAUUCAAUUACGCCUACGCCAUGGACAAGGUGAUCGGAGAAUCCACACCACCACCAAUCCCUGAAACCGUGAAGGUUUCUCAGGAAUUCCAGAUCACGAGUUACUCAUCGCUGAACGGGAUUGGGAGCGGAAAGUACUUGGCAUCCGACCGGUUUGCGGUGGACGGGCACGAUUUCGCCGUCUACUUCUACCCGGACGGCAAGAACGCCGACGACGGCGGCGCCUACGUGUCAAUCUUCAUCGUGCUGGUUAGCGAAGCAAGCAAGAACGUGAAGGCUCUGUUCGAGUUGGGAGUUUUGGAUCAGAGUGGAAACCAGAAGCAUAUAGUGCAUAGCCAUUUUCACACCAUGCCGGAAUGUGGACCCUACAUGUUGACGUGUAGUGGCAGCAUGUGGGGCGGAGGCAGGGAGUGGCCUGCCUGUGCCAUGGCUACACCCAAGAUUUUGGGUUACAAGCGGUUUCUUAAGAAAACAGAUCUGGAGACUUUAGGAUACCUCAAAGAUGAUUGCCUCAUUGUGAAUUGUAGCGUUGGUGUUGUAAGGAGUGAGGACACGCACCGAGGGACCUGAAUGAUUUGCAAACUCCUCAGUUGAUGAAUUGUAUAUUACCUACAGCAAUUUGCAUUUGAACUUAAUCUUUAUAUCUACAUAGAACUUGUAAGUUGAUUUUAUCUAGACACAUGGAAGCAUUGUGAGAUAUGGUCGGCUUUUCGAAUUAUAAUGAAUUUGUACUGCAGAUCUUAUCAUAUAAAUUGGUAUUGAAUAUUUGAAUC